GCUCUUGCAGCGAAACAUCCAAGUUCCGACGAGCCCCCUCCCUGCAGCAUGACGUAGCGAAUAUUCUCACUGCUCUCCUCGACAUAUACAAAGGUAUAUUCAUCCUGACUCUGCUCUUCUAUAGUCGAUAGUUGCCCUCAGUCGAACUAUUUUGAAUCUCUGUCGUCCAGAACUAUCUUGAUCAUAUUGCUAUAUUCAUCGUGAAGUUUUUAUCAUGUCAGCAGUCGACGACCUCAAGAAGCAGAAUGCUGCUCUUCAAGACGGCGUUGCUAAGAUAGCAGAUGGUGCAAAGAAGACUCCAGCAGCCACGCCUGCAAAGACACGGACACCUAUUGGAACCAAGAAACCUCUGCCUAUUGCGAAGCCAAAGACUACAGCACCAGCCAAGACUACUCCGGCUAAGGCUGCUCCGGCAAAAGUUGGAGCCCCGGCUUCGAGCACGACACCAGCGGCGAAGCCUGCUGCUACCAGAACUCCGAUUGGGACCAAAAAGCCACUCCCUAUUGCGAAACCGAAGACCACAACACCAGCAACGACUACUCCUGCAGAGACUGCCACAACCCCGUUGAAGAAAGCAACCCCCUCCACCACCUCUCCGGCUGCCACCAAGAAACCUGCCCCGGCAUCCUCUGGCUCCACACCCCUUGUCCCAACCCCCAAGACCGCUACUCCAACAUCAAAACCCGCCUCCACAACCACGACACCCCUCAAGAAACCCACGCCCCGGAAGCCCACGACUACUACUCCCGCCGCAUCUUCUCCAACCACAUCUUCUCCUGCCGCCAAAAAGGCCCCCGUCAAACCCCAAUCCACCAUCAGCAAAACCUCCAACGUCAUCACCGGCACCACAAACAAGGGUGUCUCAACCCUCUCCUCUGGCCUCAACAGCACCACCUCGACCGCCACCUCCGGCGUCUCUGGAGCUGUCGGCGGCAUAACGGGCACAGCUGGUAAAGGCUUCGACCAGCUGCCCCCCGGCGUCGGCAAGCCCGCCAAGCAGGUCACCGAUGGGGUUGGGAAGACAGCGUCGAAUGUGACGGACGGCCUGGAUUAUACCAUUGGCGGCACGACGAAGGGGCUGCAGGGGACCGUGUCGAAGACGACGAACGCGAUCGGGAAGGGGGAUGCGAGGGGCACGGCUGCUGGACUAAGCUCCGGCGUGGGCAAUACGGUUAAAGGCGUCGGGAAGGGGGUUGGGAAUACGCUCGGGGGUGCGGUGGGAGGGGUUGGAGAGACGGUUGGAGGGCCGCUGGGCGGAGUGGUUGGUGGAGUUGGGAAGGGGCUUGGUGAUGGCGUGAGUGGGCUUACCGGAGGUGUUGGUGAAGGAGUCGGGAAGCUGGGAAAGGGUGAUUUGAUUGGUGGUGUGGGAAGCACGGCUGGCGGUGUGUAUAAGGGCGUUGGUGGGCUUCUUAGAGGUGUGCUGGGUGGGGUGGGCCAAAAGGAGGAGGAGGAGGAGUGAUCUGUGGAAUGGAUGUGGAAGGGGGGAACUCUUUUUCCGAAGUGUAUUAGGGUAAUGCUUGCGCAGUUCUGGGCCUGUACGACUUCAAAAUGUCAGUAGCUAGUAUGAGACAUGUUUGAAUAGUGUCUUUCAAAAGGUUCCGAUGUCACAUCGAAAGCCGCCGCAAGGUAAUAGACUGUCCGGUGGAUGGCCUUUAGGCUGAAGCACACGUGCAUGUUUGAGAGAAUAUCAUUCUGGCCUAUGAUGCUAGUCUAUAAUAGGUAGCUAACAAAAUAAAUGAU